CACCCCGCCAAACAACUAUUGAACUCUACGACAUCUGACUGACACACCGACACCGGCCCCACUACCGCUUAUACCACCACCCCCGCAACAAAGGGAUCAAGCAUGAGUUCGAAGAAAAACAAAGCGACUGGAGGGUCUAAGAGGAGAGAAGAUGAGCAGAGGGAGAACAUCCUACAGGCUGUGGUCCUCACAGACUCCUACCAGACGAGAUUCCGACCGCUCACGCUCGAAACCCCAAGGUGUCUCCUCCCACUUGCGAACAUUCCCGUGAUCGACUACACCCUCGAGUUCCUAUCGCUUGCCGGAAUUGAGGAUGUCUUCAUCUUCGCGUCCACCCACGCCGAGAAGAUCGAGCAGCACAUCCGCGAUUCGAAAUGGAGCUUGGCGUCAUCGCCGUUCAAGAAGUGUCAGAUCGUGAUGUCGCCGUCCAGCAUGUCCGUCGGCGACGCCAUGCGCGAGCUCGACGGUAAAGGGAUGAUCACGACAGAUUUCCUGCUGGUCAACGGUGACUUUGUUAGCAAUCUGCCGCUGGAGGAUGUUUUGAAGGCGCACCGCGACAGGAGGACAAAGGACAAGAACGCCAUCAUGACCAUGAUCUUACGGGAAGCCGAGUUUGAGCAUCGCGCGAAAGCGAGAGGUGAAUCGGGCGCAUUUGUGAUCGAUGAAGCUUCGGGACGAUGUGUUCACUACGAGGAGAUGCGACAUAGCGGCGAUAGGACGGUGCUGCUUCCCCCAGAUCUAAUAAAACACCAUCCGCAGCUCCGAAUCCGCACCGAUCUUAUUGACUGUCAAGUCGAUAUCUGCUCGCCUGAUGUCCCCGCGCUCUUUACAGAGAACUUCGACUACCAGCAUAUCCGCCGCCACUUCUUGCAUGGGAUCUUGACGGAUUACGAGCUGUAUGGAAAGAUUAUCCACACUCAUAUCGUCACUGGAAGCUACGCCGCCAGAGUGAGGAGCUUGCAGACUUACGAUGCUGUGAGCCGGGAUAUCAUUGGUCGCUGGACCUACCCUAUGGUGCCGGACAGUAACUUGGCACCAAACCAGAACUACACCCAUGAGCGCGGAAACAUCUACAAAGAGGAUGACAUAAUUCUCGCCCGGAGCUGCACCGUGAAUCGCAACACGAUUCUUGGUCGGGGAACAAGCAUAGGCGAACGCUCGGUCAUCGGCAAUUGUAUUAUCGGCGCCGGAGUCGAGAUCGGAAAGGAUGUUUUAUUGGAGGGGGUAUAUAUUUGGGAUGGUGUGGUGAUCGGAGAUGGCUGUCAGAUCCAGAAAUCCAUAAUCGCCAAUGACGCGGUGCUGGGAAAGAACGUUGUUGUUGCGGAAGGCUCGGUCAUCUCCUACGGUGUCAAGAUCGCCGACGGAAUACAGGUCAAGCCUUUCUCGCGCAUUACUGCCCACAGCAAACGGAAGAACAGAGGCGAACACGCGGACGACGAGGCGGCUUCGGGGAGUGAAUACGCAAACUCUGAGUCCGAGUCGGAAGAUGAGCAGAACUCUGCUAUGCAAGACAGUCUGGUAUAUUCCACUCACCACCUCAACCUUUCGGACUCGUCGAUCUCCACCGUCCCUGGCGACGACUCGGACUCGUACUCGGACGAGUCUUCGCCAGCUGGCGGUUUGAUCGCACGAACUGGGAAGGCCGGCCGAUCAGACUCCACCACCUCAUUUGAAUCCGUUGAUGAAGCCUGGCACCGCGAGGCUUCCACGUCGCUCUUCAACGCAAUGGAGAACGACCAGCCGGCGGAAGUGGCCAAUCUCGAGUUAAACGGCCUUCGUAUGACGGCAAAUGCCAACUUCUCUCAAGUCCGGCGCGCCGUUACCGCUGCCCUCGUUAACCGUAUCGAGCAGGUUGUUGCGAAGGAAUCAAUCUCUAAUGGAGCCGCAGCAUCGAAGGUGCUGCAGCGAUGGGAGAGCACCAUCAAGCGCUGCGUCUUCGACCGUAAGGACCAGGCAGAGUUCCUCCUGUUAUGCCAGCGCGAGUGCUGCAGCCGUAAAGCUGGAGAGAGCAUCCUCCUCGGUAUCGUCCAAUGCCUAAACAACACCAUGGAGGUUGUAGAUGAGGAGGCGGUCAAUGACUGGUGGCUCGACGAGAGAAGCAGUAAAGAAGAGAGGAUGGCAGCCGUUAGGAAACCGACCGAGGCGUUCGUCAACUGGCUCGCCGAAGCCGAGAGUGAAAGUGAGAGCGAGGAGGGGGAUGAUGAAGCGACCGACGACGAGGAUGAUGAUGAGGAAUAGUACAGUUAGAGCUAGCUACUUAGUUUCAUCUGGUUAUCUGGUUAUCUGGGUUUAUUUUUGCGCGGAGUUGAGAUGGGGAUUUGGUUUGUUUUGGGCAUAGAUGAUUGAGGUAUUGAGGUAUAUAGAAAAAGGAACUAGACAAAAAUUGGGUCUCUAACCUUAUUCACAGCCUCGCUAGCUCAAUCGGUAGAGCGUAAGACUCUUAAUCUUAAGGCUGCGGGUUCGACCCCCGCGUGGGGCUGCGUAUU